UGUCACGGUUUAAUCUCUAACUAGUGCCAGUACAGUAAUUUGCUGUAUUUACAUUUGGAGUUUUAUUAUGAUUUACUAGAAAUGUGAAUUGCAACUUUAAGAAGAUAAUUAAAUCGUGCAGGAUUUGACACUUUGGAGAGUUCCAUUCCACGAAGACUUCUCUGUUGGGCGAAACAAGAAACUACAAAAUGAGACUACCAGCCAUCUCUAUAGCUUCCACACCAGUGUGGAUCCCUCACGACACACUUCCUGUCCGGCAGAGUCGCAGCCUGGUGGUCACCCCCGUGGCAUUUCCCAGCAUCACAGACUCUGCCCGGCUGUGGACGAGCAGUCAGAUGAUUCCAAGACUGAACCCUUUACAUCCACCUUUGGUCCACAAACGCACUGUCUGUCUGGAGACGCCAGCUGUUCACCACCACAACCACCAGAGGACUCUGAUUAUGCAGAGGAGAGAGCACCACAGGUAUCAUCAAGUGUGGAGAAAACCUUUUUAUGGGACCAGCAGUGAGAGAGAAGAGUACCGGAAGGAGUUGCGUGAGCAGUUAAAGAGGCAGAUGGAGGAGAAAAGUGUGGCGCUGAGGCUGCAGCUGGCCGGUAAAGUGAAGGAAGCAGAGUAUGUACGAGAAGUGGACCGCCUCGCCCUGUUCGGUGAAAGACAGCUGAAGAUCCAGCACAGCAAAGCAAUGACUGCUUACAGAGACGAGAACAAGAGGCUAAUGGAGCAGAGCUGGAGGGACAGAGCACUAACGCGCUCCCAGGAGACCCUGAAGGAGAGAGAACUGCUAGGCCUCAACCCCAUUAACUGGAGUGGAACACUGAAAUAGGUCGAACCUCAACACCCAGAGUCAAAACCUCAGACUCCGGCCUCAUGGAUGUCAGAUGAAAAUGGGAUGCAACAUAUACAGUGCGUGUAAUUAGUGCUGUGAUAGCUAUUGAAGGAACUUAAGAGGGAUAUUCGUAGGAUUUUCGAAACUGGGACGAACCAAAUGAAGCUCUUCAGCAUUCCUCAGAAUAUAUAAGAAUGCUGAUUUAUCUCCAAUCUUACUUUAUAAAGGUUGUGUUAUUCGCCACCGUGUAAAUCUAAGUACUCCCCCGAUUUAGAUAUGCACUCCUAUAACAUUAUCAGACGGACAGUUAUUAUAAAAAGUUAUAAAAUCAAUGCAGAGAUUGUAGUUAUAUUCCAAAUCACAUACUUUUUCUUUUAGUACAUACUGCAGCUGCUCUUACAAAGUACGUACUGUUGCAUGUAGUAUGCAUAUAAUUGGGACAUGCUAUUUUGUCAUAACAUUGCACCUUGAACUUUGACCCUCUUGCUCAUAUAAAAGGGCAGCUGCAGUAUACUAAAAGUAAAAAGAAAAAGUAUGUGAUUUGGAACGUAGCUAUCCUAAAUCUUUUUCUGGCAUACUUAAUAGUAUGGUAGUAUGAGUACUGGAACAGAUUGUCUUUUUUAUUCUGUGCAUUCUUCUUUCUUGUCAAAACCUGGUGCCUACAUUACCCACAAUGCAACCCAAUCACCAACAAUUCUGUUGGAGAUUUGGAUAGGUUGUGCUAGCGAUGGCUAAUGUUGCUUUGAGCUACUAGCCUCAAGCAGAGAUGAGGAGCACAGAGGUCUGGUAAGGUCACUUAUUUCUAACUACACAGCCCCAGAUUUUUUCUUUAUUUUUAAACUCAUAAUCCCUUGCCCCAAACAACUUAA